CUCCUGCUUCUCCCCAGGCGGCAUCUUCCGGUCCCUCGGAACUUUGCUGCCACUUUCAGAAAACUCCAUCUUCCUUCUCAGUGACAUCUGAGAACCUUCACCUGAGGCCCUGCAGGCCUUGACGUGGGAUGGGGUGGGCAAGCUCAAGCACAGCCCACGUAUAACUCUUAAGCAUCUUUCGAUCUCCUUGAUGAUGUCAAACUGGGAAGUGAUUCCUCCUUAAUGAGUUAUGGCCUUAACUCACUGACGUAAUAAUUAACUAGACCAGGAACUGAAUGUAUUUUUACAAACGUUAAUUCAGAACAGAUUCAUGGGAGAAACCACACCUAGAGGACAAACCCCCCACUUCAAGAACGCAGAGGCCUGCGCGGCGGCGGCCCCACCCACGGAGAGGGGAAGUGGGCAGGGCAGAGUCACCUGGGCGAGGCCGCUUCCUCUCCGCCUGCGGAGCUUGCGGAUGACGUACACAGCGCGCCAGGAUCCAAAGAGUUCUGAGGCCGGGACAGUCUUUUCCACUUGUCAUUGUUGCUUUAGCUGGCCAGGCCAGGUUCAAACCUGCCAGCCUUGGUGUAUGUGGCCGGGGCCCUACCUACUGAGCUAUGGGCGCCACCCAAUAUUACAUUUUUCAGGAACCUAACUCAUCUAUUCAGCAGAGGAUACCUGCAGAGAUGGCCCCUAUCCUUCACUUCUAUGUCCGUCCCUCUGGCCAUGAGGGGGCAGCCUCUGGACACACUCAAAGGAAACUACAAAGGAAACUGCCAGAGCUGCAGAGUGUUGAGACUGAGCUGUGCUACAAUGUGAACUGGACAGCUGAGGUCCUCCCAAAUGCUGAGGAGAUGAAGAAGCUGAUGUGGCUGUUUGGCUGCCCCUUAUUGCUGGAUGAUGUUGCUCAGAAGUCCUGGCUCCUUCUCGGCUCCAGUGAUUUGCUGCUAGAGGUCGGGCCCCGGCUGAACUUUUCUACCCCAUCAUCGACCAACAUCGUGUCAGUGUGCCAGGCCGCUGGGCUGGGGGCCGUGGAUCGUGUAGAGACUACCCGGCGCUACCGACUCUCGUUUGCCCACCCCCCUUCCGCUGAGAUGGAGACCAUUGCUCUGGCUGUCCUGCAUGACCGGAUGACGGAACAACACUUCCCCAGUCCCAUCCAGAGUUUCUCCCCUGAGAGUACCCCAGCACCGCUCAAUGGUCCUAUCAACAUACUGGCUGAGGGCCGUCUUGCACUGGAGAAGGCCAAUGAGGAGCUAGGUCUGGCCCUAGACUCCUGGGACCUGGAUUUUUACACCAAGCGCUUCCAGGAGCUGCAGCGGAAUCCCAGUUCUGUGGAGGCAUUUGACUUGGCUCAGUCUAACAGUGAGCACAGCCGACACUGGUUCUUCAAGGGCCAACUCCAUGUGGAUGGGCAGAAGCUGGUACACUCACUGUUUGAGUCCAUCAUGAGCACCCAGGCGUCCUCAAACCCUAACAACAUCCUCAAGUUCUGUGACAACAGCAGUGCAAUCCAGGGGAAGGAAGUCCGAUUCCUACGACCUGAGGACCCCACACAGCCAAGCCUAUUUCGACAACAGCAGGGUCUGAGACAUGUUGUCUUCACAGCAGAGACCCACAAUUUUCCCACAGGAGUAGCCCCCUUCAGUGGUGCGACCACAGGCACAGGGGGCAGGAUCCGAGAUGUCCAGUGCACAGGCCGAGGGGCCCAUGUGGUAGCUGGCACUGUUGGCUAUUGCUUUGGAAACCUUCAUAUCCCAGGUUAUAGUCUGCCUUGGGAGGAUCCAAGCUUCCAGUAUCCUGAGAACUUUGCCUGGCCCUUGGAGGUUGCCAUCGAGGCCAGUAAUGGGGCUUCUGACUACGGCAACAAGUUUGGGGAACCAGUGCUGGCUGGCUUCGCCCGCUCCUUGGGCCUCCAGCUUCCGAGUGGCCAGCGACGUGAAUGGAUCAAGCCUAUCAUGUUUAGUGGGGGCAUUGGGUCCAUGGAAGCUGAACAUGUGAGCAAGGAGUCCCCAGAGCCAGGGAUGGAUGUAGUAAAGGUUGGGGGUCCCGUCUACAGGAUUGGAGUUGGGGGCGGAGCUGCUUCAUCUGUGCAAGUGCAGGGAGACAAUGCCAGUGACCUGGACUUUGGGGCUGUGCAGCGGGGAGACCCAGAGAUGGAACAGAAAAUGAACCGUGUGAUCCGGGCUUGUGUGGAGGCCUCCAAGGGAAACCCCAUCUGCAGUCUCCAUGAUCAGGGUGCUGGUGGCAAUGGCAAUGUCCUGAAGGAGCUGAGUGACCCAGCUGGAGCCAUCAUUUAUACCAGCCGCUUUCAGCUGGGGGACCCAACCCUGAAUGCCCUGGAAAUCUGGGGAGCCGAAUACCAGGAGUCAAAUGCACUUCUGCUGCGGCCCCCCCACCGGGACUUCCUGAGGCGUGUCAGUGCCCGGGAACGCUGUCCAGCUUGCUUUGUGGGCACCAUCACUGGAGAUAGGAGAAUAGUGCUGGUGGAUGAUCGAGAGUGUCCUGUGGAGAGAAAUGGCCAGGGGGAUGUCCCUCCAUCCCCUCCUCCCACCCCUGUGGACCUGGAGCUCGACUGGGUGCUGGGCAAGAUGCCCCGGAAGGACUUCUUCCUCCAGAGGGAUGCCCCUGUGCUGCAGCCCCUGGCCUUGCCCCCAGGGUUGAGUGUGCGCCAGGCUCUGGAGUGGGUUCUGAGGCUGCCCGCUGUGGCUAGCAAGCGCUACCUCACCAACAAGGUGGACCGCUCUGUGGGUGGCCUGGUGGCCCAGCAGCAGUGUGUCGGACCCCUGCAUACUCCUCUGGCAGAUGUAGCAGUUGUGGCACUGAGUCACCAGGAGCUUGUAGGGGCUGCCACAGCCUUAGGAGAGCAGCCAGUCAAGAGCCUGCUGGACCCCAAGGCUGCUGCCCGGCUGGCCGUGGCUGAAGCUCUCACCAACCUGGUGUUUGCUGUGGUCACUGACCUCCGGGAUGUAAAGUGCAGUGGGAACUGGAUGUGGGCAGCCAAGCUCCCAGGGGAAGGUGCAGCUCUGGCCGAUGCCUGUGAAGCUAUGGUGGCAGUGAUGGCGGCCCUGGGUGUGGCAGUGGAUGGUGGCAAGGACUCCCUCAGCAUGGCUGCUCGGGUUGGCACUGAGACUGUGCGGGCUCCUGGGUCCCUGGUCAUCUCAGCCUAUGCUGUCUGCCCAGACAUCACAGCCACUGUGACCCCAGACCUCAAACAUCCUGGAGGGAGAGGCCAUCUGCUGUAUGUGCCUCUGAGCCCUGGGCAGCACCGGCUGGGGGGCACAGCCCUGGCCCAGUGCCUCUCCCAGCUCGGGGAACAUCCUCCCAACUUAGACCUUCCUGAGAACUUGGUGCAUGCCUUCAACAUCACCCAGGGCCUGCUGAAAGACCGCCUCCUCUGCUCAGGCCACGAUGUCAGCGAUGGAGGUCUUGUCACUUGCCUGCUAGAGAUGGCCUUUGCCGGAAAUUGUGGCAUAGUGGUGGAUGUGUCUGCCCCUGGGGUUGAUGUGCUGCCUGUGCUGUUUGCUGAGGAGCCUGGCCUCGUGCUGGAGGUGGAGGAGCCCUACCUGGCCCAGGUGCUGCAGCGUUACUGGGGUGCUGGCCUCCAGUGCCUGAAGCUGGGCCACACGGGUGACGCUGGGCCCUACGCCAUGAUCCGAGUGUCAGUGAAUGAGACUGUGGUUCUGGAGGAGCCUGUUGGGCAGCUGCGUGCCCUCUGGGAGGAGACAAGUUUCCAACUGGACCGGUUGCAGGCAGAGCCCCACUGUGUGGCACAGGAGGAACAAGGCCUGAGGGAGCGGACUGGGCCCCGCUACUGCCUGCCCCCCACCUUUCCCAAAGUCUCUGUACCCCGGGAACCUGGCGGCCCCAUCCCCCGCGUCGCCAUCUUGCGAGAAGAAGGCAGUAAUGGAGACCGGGAGAUGGCUGAUGCCUUCUACUUGGCUGGGUUUGAGGUGUGGGAUGUGACCAUGCAGGACCUCUGCUGUGGGGCAAUUGGGCUAGACACAUUCCGUGGUGUGGCCUUCGUGGGUGGCUUCAGCUACGCAGAUGUCCUAGGGUCUGCCAAAGGGUGGGCAGCUGCUGUGACCUUUCAUCCGCGAGCUGGGGCUGAGCUGAGGCGCUUCCAGAAACGGCCAGACACCUUCAGCCUGGGCGUGUGUAAUGGCUGUCAACUGCUGGCUCUGCUGGGCUGGGUGGGAAGUAACCGCAGUGAGGAUGCCAGAGAUAUGGGUCCUGACUCCUGGCCAGCCCAGCCUGGCCUCCUACUACGCCCCAACCUAUCUGGACGUUAUGAGUCUCGCUGGGCCAGUGUGCGUGUGGGGCCUGGACCAGCCCUGAUGCUGCGAGGGAUGGAAGGUGCCGUGCUGCCUGUGUGGAGUGCCCAUGGGGAAGGUUACAUGGCAUUUUCUUCUCCAGAACUCCAAGCCCAGAUUGAGGCCAGUGGCCUGGCUCCACUGCACUGGGCAGAUGAUGAUGGGAACCCCACAGAGCAGUACCCCUUGAAUCCGAACGGGUCCCCAGGGGGCGUGGCUGGUGUCUGCUCCCACGAUGGCCGCCACCUGGCUCUUAUGCCACACCCUGAGCGGGCCGUGAGGCCUUGGCAGUGGGCAUGGCGCCCCCCUCCAUUUGACACUCUGACCACCUCCCCCUGGCUCCAGCUCUUCAUCAAUGCCCGAAACUGGACCUUGGAAGCAGGCUGCUGAGCAGGCCAAGAAGGCUCCUCCUAGUCUCCUGGUUUGUCCCUGUGUGUGCUGCCCUUCCCCUAUCACCUUCACGAGGUCUCCAGGUUAUUCCCAAAAGUAUCUUGGACAGAUAAGGACCGAAAUGCCAAAAAAGAAAAAUCUCAGCUGACUUGCUAAUCUGCCUGCUAAUUUUGCCUCCUGCUGCUCAAUCUGUUUUCAGUUCUGCUCUGACAUGCUGUGGGUGCCCUUUCUCCAGCCAGGAAACAGGAUGUGGUUCAGAAAAACCUUAUGAUGGAAAGUUAGAGUGCAUUUAUGGGGAGGGUGUUCCAUCACCCCCCUGCAUCCCACCCAGUGAUCACCUUCUUGCCUCAUUUCCCUCCUCUGCACUCUGAGGGAUUUUUUUUUUUGAAACAGAGCCUCAAGCUGUUGCCCUGGGUAGAGUGCUCUGGCAUCACAGCUCACAGCAACCUCCAACUCCUGGGUUCAACCGAUUCUCCUUCCGCCUCCCAAGUAGCUGGGAGCUGGGACUACAGGCGCCUGCCACAAUGCCUGGCUAUUUUUUGGUUGCAGCCAUCAUUGUUGUUUGGCAGGCCGGGGCUGGAUUCGAACCCACCAGCUCAGGUAUAAUGUGGCUGGCAUCUUAGCCAUUGAGCCACAGGCACCGAGCUUGAGGGAUGUUUUAUGCUGCUUUUUUCUUUAGGUUUAAGGGAUGGGGGCGGAUGUGCAAAAGUAUACAAGUCAGCUCCUUAUGUCAGUUAACAUAUGAAAAACAGCAGCUUUCUGGAUUUCUCUUAAAGUAUUGCACUGUGCUAAAUGUUACAGAAGUUUCUCUGAUGGAGUUUCUGGUUAUGUCUCAGGCCUGGUCUGAUGCUGGCCUCUGAAUUCAAUGUUCCUGAUAUUUCCUUUGAAUGUAAUGGCUCCCUUUCUGAUAGUAGUGGUUGGCACCCUCAUCCCUAGAACUGAGCCUUUAUUUAGUUAAUUGGAAUACUACCUCUUUUAUUCAUUCCAUUAAUAUUUGAUGGUCAGCUGUUGUGCCAAGUACUACUUCUGGUCCCAGGGAGUCUAUGGUCUGAGAGAAUUUAAAAUAAUAACUGGGCUGGUGUAGUGUCUUAUGCUUAUAAUCCUAGCACUCUGGGAGGCCCAGACGGGUGGAUCAGGUGAACUCAAGAGUUCAAGAUCAGCUCUGAGCAAGAGCAAGACCCUGUCUCUACUAAAGAUAGAAAAACUAGCCAGUUCUUGUGGCUGGUGCUUGCAGUCCCAUCUACCUGGGAGGCUGAAGCAAGAGAAUCACUUGAGCCCAAGAGUUUGAGGUUGCUGUGAGCUAUGAUGCCAUAGCACUCUACUGAAGGCAACAAAAUGACACUGUCUUAAAAGUAAAAAUAAAAUGGUAACUAUAUGACACUUGCCUAGAGCCAAGCAGGUGCUAUGUAGGCAUUUAUAUCUGAAUUAAUUCUUACAAAAACUUCAGCAAGUACUAAGUAGUUCCACCUCUUUUUUAACAAAGGAAGAAUUAAAGUUAACUAGAUUGUCUGGUCACACAGCUUGUAAGGGACAGCUGUGCUUACCCAUGCUACAGCUGCUUCCCAUCCUGCAGUCAUGUUUCUUAGAACCAUAUAAAGAUUUUUUGCUGAUGGCUGUCUCACAUCAUCUGUUGCUUCCUUUGUUCACACAAAUUUAUAUAGAGGUCACUUCCUUUUGACUGUUCUGUCAUACAGCUCAAGUCAAAUGGACUCCUAAAAGUUCAACAUCUUGAUUAAAGAACUUUGCCUGAGAAUGGAGACUGGAAUCUCAGAUCCUGAAGGCAUCAGGGCCUGGAGAAGGAGUGGGGAGGCUGAGCAGUAGCCACCCUAAGAAAAAACUGAUAAUAAUGAAACACUGUUCAAUCAUAGGUAUAGAAAAAAUAACUAUAGUAGGACCUCCACAAUUGACCACCUCCUUAAGUUGACCUCAUUUUCAUAGGCUGGACAUGCACCAUGCAUACAUAUAGGUACUAGGUCGGCCUAGUUCUUAAUGUUGACUGCCUUUGUUGACCAGUUUGUUACAGUCCCUGAGGUGGUCAGCUUAAAGAGGUUCUGCUGUAUUUUAGAUCUUUCUUUUUUCAUUGCUUUGCAAAGUGACCUGCCCUGAGCAGUGUGGAGCUAGUAAUAAUUAUUUUAUUUUGUUUUUUUUUCUUGUGGUUUUUGGCCGGGGCUGGGUUUGAACCCGCCACCUCUGGCAUGUGGGACCGGCGCCCUACUCCUUGAGCCACAGGCACUGCCCCAGUAAUAAUUAUUUUUAACAUUUGCACAUUUCUUUCUGCCCCUGGGAAAGGAUAUAUUUACA